CUUCUUUAACGCUCACGUGAUCACAACAACAAAAAAAUUCCCGCGAAAACUGCCUGCGCGAGUACAUUGGAGAUUUAGCUAGCUAAGACUUUAUCCCCAAAAAUAUCGACAUCUUUCAGUUACAAACAAAUUUACAAUGUUCUGCGAAAAGGCAGUCGAGCUUAUUAGAGAACUUCAUCGGAUGGGCGACGGUCAGCUGCCCGCCUUUAAUGAAGACGGUAUUCGCCAAGUCCUGGAGGAAAUGAAGGCUCUUUACGAACAGAAUCAGAGUGAUGUGAAUGAGGCAAAGACGGAGGGAAAGAGCGAGCUGAUACCAACCAUCAAGUUCCGGCACAGCUGCCUGCUGAGAAACCAGCGCUGUAUCGCCGCUUACCUUUAUGAUCGCCUCCUGCGAAUCCGUGCUCUCAGAUGGGAGUAUGGCAGUGUACUGCCCACAACCAUUCGGUUUCAUAUGUGUGCUGAAGAGAUGGAGUGGUUCAAUCAGUACAAAAAGUCUUUGGCAACCUAUAUGAGGUCAAUAGGGGGAGAGGAAGGUUUGGACAUAACACAGGAUAUGAAGCCCCCUAAGAGUUUAUACAUCGAGGUGCGCUGUCUUAAAGACCAUGGAGAAUUUGAAAUAGAUGAUGGCACUGUCAUUCUGUUGAAGAAAAAUAGCCAGCACUUUUUACCCAGAUGGAAAUGUGAGCAGCUUAUUCGGCAGGGUGUAUUAGAGCAUGUCAUCUCCUAACAACAAGCAGCUGUAUUGUGGAUACUUUCCUUCACACUCAUUUAGAUAUUAUAACUUUAAAUUAGAGU